UCGUAAUUUGUAGAACUGUUUGUUUCUGAAUGUCUCGUCCUGGAUUAUAAUUGUUUUUGAUCAACUUCGUUUGUUUUUACUUGCUGGCUUUGAUUUCCACUUCAAUUAAAGCAGUUCAUCAGCAUUUGUGAAAAGCCAGCAGCUUCCUUCAUCAGUUAGCAAUGCUGUCAACACAUGCAGACAACUGUUCACAUUUUAUUUAUUUUACUUUCAACAGCUUAACAUUCUGUUGUUCAAAUGUGUGUUUUUUUAUUUCUGGAGUUUUCUGAAGGUUCUACCACCAAACUAGUAAUAAGGGUGAAGAUGUAGAUCACAGUUACAGUAAUAAUUGCUUUUUAUGAGUGUUUGGUCAGAUUAGAUACCUGUCUCUGGCCUAAAAUGGAAAGAGACUUUGUUUAGGUGAACAAUGAUAAUCGAGUUUCUGUUCUCUUUUAAUAGGUUACAUUCUGUGCUGGGCUUUUCGAACAUUGAAGAUAGUUGGCUACAGCACUUUUAGUUAAUAUGUAACAUAAAUCUGAGCAUGUAAGAAAGUCCCAAAGAGACAAAAUAAGUACCUGAUUAAAACGCGAAUCUCUUUUUCUGUGAAACUAUUAUUUUAAUCUGUUGUUUUACUCCAUAGUUCACUAUUUACUAAGGACUGAAUAAUCAUUUUGGCACAAGAUUGUUUCUUAACAUUAUUCAUCCAAAUUAUGCUCAUGCUACAGAAUGAUGAGGAGCACAAUUGCUGUUGUAUUCAAGUGAGAUAAUUCACAAAGUGCCUGACUAAGCAAACUUUAAGAACUUGUGAUCAUUUGAAAGGCAGACAAAUGCAUUCCAAACUAGAAAAUGACGGCAUACCUCCAUCAAUUCCUUUAGAGGACUAACUUAUUCAAACAGAGGUGAAAGAGGAGUAGAAGUUGUAAGAAGAUGCUAGGAUCAGAACGUGGUGUGGUAGAAGAAUGGCUAUCGGAAUUCAAGGCAUUACCUGAAAUGCAAAUAUCCAGUUAUGCGGCAACACUUCACCGAAAAAAACCUUUGGUGCCAGCUCUUUAUAAGGUCAUUCAAGAUCCAAAUAAUGAGCUCCUGGAACCUGUCUGCCACCAACUUUUUGAACUCUAUCGUAGUUCUGAGGUUCGUCUCAAAAGGUUUACGUUGCAGUUCUUACCAGAAUUGAUUUGGGUUUAUCUGCACCUUACUGCCAGCAAAGAUAGGCAGAGCAAUGGCUGCAUUGAGGCCCUGCUUCUAGGCAUUUAUAAUUUGGAAAUUGCUGACAAAGAUGGGAACAAUAAAGUGUUAUCUUUUACCAUUCCUUCUUUAUCCAAGCCAUCAAUUUACCAUGAGCCAUCGACUAUUGGAUCCAUGGCUUUGACUGAGGGAGCUCUGUGUCAGCAUGAUCUUAUCAGAGUGGUUUAUAGUGAUCUUCACCCUCAAAGAGAAACAUUCACAGCACAGAACAGGUUUGAGGUUCUGAGCUUUCUUAUGCUCUGUUACAACUCUGCUAUUGUCUAUAUGCCUGCUUCUUCCUAUCAGUCACUUUGCAGGAUGAGUUCCAGACUCUGUGUGUGUGGGUUUCCACGGCAACAUGAAAAACCCUGGAAGGAAGAAUAUUGCAGAGUGGUACUUGAUCCUGAAUUCAUGGUACAACUACUCACUGGAGUCUAUUAUGCUGUUUACAACGGGCAGUGGGAAAUUGGACAAGAAGCGCUGGAUGACAUAAUUUACAGAGCACAGCUUGAACUCUAUUCUCAGCCACUAUUGGUUGCAAAUGCUAUGAAGAACUCAUUACCCUUUGAUGCUCCUGAUGCAUCACAAGGAGGACAGAAGAUCUUAAAAGUAGAGGUUACCCCAACAGUUCCGAGAAUUUCUCGGACUGCCAUUACUACAGCUUCAAUUCGUCGACAUCGCUGGAGAAGAGAAGAUGGCUUUGACUUCUCAAAUGAUGCUGACUUGAGCAUUCCCGGAUCUCCGAUCCUACACGGCUCCACAGACCUAGGGAUCAAACGCAAGGAAGAGGGGGACGUGCUGGUGCUCAGGACCCCUGAGCAUGGCUCACCGGAGCCCAACUUGGCAGCAGCCACAACUGAGGGUGUUGAGGGUGUGAAUGAUAGAGAAGAAUCUGUGAAUCUCAAUGAUGCCGACGAAGGGUUUUCUUCUGGGGCAUCCCUGAGCAGUCAGCCGGUUGGGACCAAACCUUCAUCUGGAUCCCAGAGAGGGAGCUUAAGAAAAGGAGCAAGUGGCCGUGCAGCCAAGGAAAAAGAAAUGGCCUCAGCCACCAAACCCAUUGAGAGCCCCCGGGAAUCUGGCCGCAAGCAGUACCUGCACCAGUCCAUUGACCUCAGUACGGACGCAGUUGAAAUGACUCCUACAAAGAAACACUUGAGUCUGCCUGCUGGGCAAGUGGUGCCAAAAGCCAAUAGCGUGAGCCUGAUCCGGACUGCUAGUGCUUCUUCCACAAAAUCAUUUGACUAUGUGAAUGGCAGUCAGGCAGGCUCCGGUGUUGGUGGUAAUGGUGUCACUAACUUGGCAGCAGGUAAUACGAAUCGGUUUUCAACCAUCAGUCUGCAGGAGGACCGCUUGGGCCAAGCUGGAAAUGGGAAAGAUGGCCUCUCAUCAGGAGCUCCUCUGACCAAGCAGUCCCGAUCCCCAAGUUUCAAUAUGCAACUGAUAUCCCAGGUUUAACUUCGUUGUCCUUAUCUUUUUUCCGCCUUUAUCCAGUUCUUCACGCAACACCUCCAGCCAUCUUCCUAUAGUGUGAAAAUCCUGGCUUUUGUGAUCUUGUUCAAUCCAUUUUAGAUAUCAUACUAUAUUUUGUACUGAAACAGCAAUAAAACCUCCUCCCUCCCUCCCUUCCUUUCAUGCCCCUGAUAAAUGUGGUUGUGAAGCAGUAUAAAAUGUACUUUUAUGCCUUUUCCAUGCCUUCCUUUCUCCUUGGGUGAUGUGCAAUCCAUUGUAGGCUGAUCAGUCCCAUUUCAACACUGUGAGUCUUGAGAAGAUCGGAGGAAAUGGUGAAUGUGAUCCCUAUAAAAAUGAAGCUUUUGCUUUUUUUUUUUUUGAGAAAUAGAAACGGGUUAGUUUUCUCAAUCUAUGGUCCUCCGAAGACUACUGGAUUGUGACUUUAUAUUUUGUCUCUUGGAACCAGGAGUGCCUCAGAGAUUCUAGUAGGACUGUGGACCUCUGAGUUAGUGCAAUCGAUUCUGAGGGACAGGAAUGCUGCCAUUGCUCCUGGUGGAUUAAUGCACUUUGAUGUAAAAAUGAGAGUAUUCCUUCUCAACCAUCCUCCACUCUUCCCCCACCCCUAAAGCUUAAUGUUCAAUCACUCAGAGAUACGUGUUAUUAGGUUGUCCCUCUGCCCCACAAAGAGAGUGGGUUGUGAAAUUGGCAGUGGAGGUUACAAGGCACUUUUUAAUGGCGUUGUAGCCAUAUCUAUUGUUACAUGUCUUCCCCAUCCAGGACACAGGGUUGCCCUGCCUAUGUGAUAGGACUUUGAAAGAUGAAUUGUUUUUUGUUUUGUUUUUUUUUAAAAAAAAAUGAAAGGUAGAAAAUAGGCAUACAGACCUCCCCCAACCCAUCAAAAAUUACUGCUCCUUUGAAAAGAAAUUUACGGUUUGUAAGCCUAUUGAAAUGCACAAGGCCCGGUAUAGCUUGUGUGAUGGGAUUUUUUCAGGCUGCUUUCUAUGGUGUGACUCACCGUUGUCACAGAACAGGCUCAGAAACCUGCAGUAAAGACAGAAUGUUCUCCUGCAUGAUGUGCCAGGGACAGAGCAACGGCUGCUGGAAACCUUGAGGCAACAGGAUUCUCUUCAAAUCAUUGCCUAAAUGGUGGUAUUUUUGGCAGCCCUCUCUCUUUCUCCCUCUCAGAAGGAUAACACUUCACUGCCUAUUUUGAUUAAUCCAUUGCAGUUGUCAUUAUUUCAUCCAGCUAAUGUAAUGGUUCAUGGGAAAUGUUAGAGACAGUUUCUUUCCCUGCUGUACUAAUCUGGGAGCUCAUCACAUUGAACCUAAUCUUGAAUGCAUGUGAGUGGUGUGUGAGCAAUAGUUGACAUCUCUGCUAUAGAUCACUGCUUUAAAUUGUUUUUCUUAUUCUAAAGGAAGCUAUUCAGCAUGUAUCAGAUGGUCUUGUGUUCACAUAAGAAGAAAACGAGAGUGUUUGCUCUUUUAUCCUUCAUUAUCUAUUGACCUGGAAAUAUGUAGAUUAUUCAUUGUAAGGAGCAGAUGUAAAUUAUGUGUUCCUUUGGCUGGCAUUUUGUGUGCAUUAUAUCAGGGAGGAAAGUUGAGAAGAACAGAUACACAAUAGAUUAUUUUUAGAUAAAAGUAUCACAUUCAGAACUAUGAAGUGCCAUUACUCUGCUAAAGGACAAUUAAAACAAUUUUAAAUGUAAUUAACAGCUUCCAGUUCUUCUGCUGUUUUCUUCAUGGCUUCUUGAGUUAAAACUGGAUUUUUUUUCCUCAAAAGAAACAGCCAAGCUAAUAGUAUUUUUGUUGUAUUAGUAAAAUUGAUAUAGGGUGUUGCAGCUGUCCUGUUGAAACCCUUAGAUAAUUAAAUAUUGUAUAAUUGAGACUCAGGAAAGUUUUGCGUGUGAGUAAACACAAUUCUAAUAUCCAGAGGCAUGUAAACCCUGCCUCCUUUGUUUCUGAAACCAAUAAUUCAGGCUAAGAAGAGUAGACCUUGAGGAAAAUUGUUUGGGCUACAACUUCCAGGAUCCAGUGGCCAGACUGGUGUAUGAUUCUGGGAAUUGCAGUCCGCAAAAUACCUUUUCCAGGGUUUGAUCAACAUGGCAAACUUUUGUGAAAGUUUUUAUGUCUCACAGAAAUUGAUGUACGUGUUGAUAAUGCCUAUCAGUUUUCUAAAGUACUGGUGGAAUCGAUUCUUAUUCAAUGGCCAUGAUUCUAUAUAAAUGCUUCCCUUUUUAACAUUGAAGAAAUUAUGGCCAGGAUCCAAAGAGUUGUAUGAAUGGGCCAAAGGAUUUUUAUUUUAUUUUUUUGUGAUAUUCAGCAAACACCCUGCCAAAUGUCAGACCAUGUUGGAGCCGGAGAGGACUCCAGAUUGGUUAUUUUAUGGCCAGGUCAUGGGCAUGAUGGUGUCUCCUAUUCAAAAUAACUUGCUUUUAAAAAUCCCAAAUAUCUAGAAGCAUGUUUAGAACUGCUGUUUAAAUCCAGCUCCAUGUAAACUUCAGAGAGCAAACCAAAAGGGGCAUUAAGUUAAGCAAAUAAUGACAGAGAUACGACUAGGACAAAACUGUUUAUUUGUAUAUCUUUUUUUUUAAAGGAAUACAAAGCAGAUGGUUAAGUUUAUUUUAAAGGAAAAUGUCAGUAUACUUUGGGGUGUCACUGGAUACAAACAUUAUGCAAGUGUCCUAUAUGUACUGAUGACAGAAAGCCUUGCUAUCACAUUUGAAUGUGUUUAGCAGUAAGUUUUCAUCUUAGGGGGUUGUAUCUUAUAUAUUAUAACAAACCAAAUCAUGUUUUGUUGUGGCCUGAGCACAUUAAAAUGGCAGCAUUUUCAGGUGUAUAUGUGUAUUGUGGAUUGGAAAUUAUUCAUAUGUGGGUGUUGAAACCCAAACUGGUUCGCUGUUUGGUUCAUUUCUGUUGUGCAGUAAAAUUUACCGUACUUGGUUUGUUUUUAGUGCCUUUUGGCAUAUUAGGUAAUCAAAUCUCUUACAAACGUUUGCUUGGUCUUUUGCCUCAGACAUUGGUUUUCUUGUACACUUUUGACCCAGAUCUCAGAUUCUGUCUCUGUUUGAAUAUGCAAUUUCUCUGUAUAGUGUGCUAAAUGGUAUGCUUAUGUCGUUCCCAUGGGCCUUUAUGUUCUGUGAUGAAUAAAUACUGAACAUCUUUCCUUAAAGCAGUGCUGCGUACUUGCAGAUGCUAAGCAGACUUUUUAAGGGGUCAUGUUGGUACUGUUCCAGUAUUUCUUUCUGUAUCUCUUGCUCUCUGCUAAGGUGACCCAAAUUUCCAAUGAAUACACUGUACUGAUGCUUUAUGGUUGUAAGUACUGGUCCAAUGCAAAUGUAACAUUUCCCUCCAUUUCUCUUGCUAUCUCUUUAUUCCCCCUUGGGUUUGUACAAUCAUACUCUUCACCUCAGGUACAUCCCCCUACUUCUGUUGAAUUAUGUCUUAGCUUUUAAAAGUACUUUUUUGUGCAAAAUGUAAUGCAGAAAUACAAAUUUAUAACACCUACUUCACCCCAAGUAUUCAAAUAAUCAACUUCUUUCAGUUACUAAUUUAAGGUUAACUAGUUAUCGUUUAGCUUGAAACAGAUACCUUGGAAAGGAAGGGGAGAAAGGGGAUGGAGAACCUACUCUCUUGGGCCCUUUCUACACUGCCCUAUACCACAGGAUCUGAUCCCAGAUGAUCUGCUUAUUCCACAUUACUUGGCAGUGGAGACUCAUAUAAUCCAAUUCAAAACAGAUAAUCUGGGAUCAGAUAUUGGGAUAUAGGGCAGUGUAGAUCCAGCCUUAGUCAGAAAAGAGAUAGCCGAACUUGUAAGCCAUCACAGAGCUGCUCUCCUUUUUAAGGUGAACAAAAAUGGAAAUAAAAGAAAAUGACCUUGAAUUAACAUGCAAAGUUUAGAACGUUCAAGUGAACUCACAGUUAUAAUUUUCCCCACUUGGUUUUUUACACACUAAAAUUUAGGUCAAGUAGUUCUCUGAUAAAUUCCUGUAUUUAAAGUCCUUUAUCUGUAAUCACCAUCAUAGAUUCACUUAUGUACUAUAAUGUUACCAGUAAUUUGUGGUUGAUGGUUGUGAAUGAAAGGAAACUAUUAUAAACAAGUAUGUUGAAAGAGUUAGUGGGGGACAUUGCAGUGGAUUUUUCAUGGAAGGUUUAUGAGCAGAAUUGGUUAGCAGGAUAGAGCAACGUUACUGUUAUGGGCUGUUAUGUCUAGCUAUGUCCACAAUUUAAACAAUAUGCCACCAUUAAUGUUGCCCCAGGCUAUACAUAGGAAGAGAAAAACAGAUUGAUCUCGAUUCUUUGAUUAUAUUAUUUAACACUGGUUAUAUUUUUGGGAUGGGCAGUUUUCCAUAAUGCUGGCAACACUUGAAACACAGUGGCUAGAUUGAUCCAAAAUAGCAUUAAGCUAUUGACUAUAAUGAAUGAAUGUUAAUUCUAUAAAAAGCUGCAAAAAUGGGCACCUAUUAGGUUCAUUAAUUUUUUUAAAUGUGAAACCAUAUCUACUUCCUGUUGGGAAGGUUACAUUCAUAUCAUACUUGUCACUUAAGAUAAAUUUUAAGUAUAUAGAAGCAUAUAGAAAAGUUUACUUGUUUCUGAGACAUAUUUUAUGUAUGUCCAGCAUUUUGUUCUUUCUUCCUGCAUUGAAAAUAGGCAUAUUCAUAUAUUUGCCAUUGAGGGGAAAAAUCACAAUGUUUUCAUAUAUUUUUAUUUGCACUAUUUAGCAAACAGUAGAAGGGGGAAAUUUUGUUUUGUAAGUGGUGUGAAUAUAAAUAAGUACAUACAUUUGUUGUGUUGACAAUCAGUUAUUCUUAAGCUAUAUGUAAGUAUAAUUAUAAAGGUCAUAUGAUAAGUCUUAUUCCUAAAUAGUUAAAAAAAAGUUUGCUUUAUUUUUUGCUUCUCAAAAAUAAAUCUACUUUUUCAUUUUCAGUUAUCAGUAUUCACCUAGGGGCCCUUCUACACUGCCCUGUAUCCCAGGAUCUGAUCCCAGAUUAUCUGCUUUAAACUGGAUUAUAUGAGUAUCCACUGCCAGAUAAUCUGGUAUAAGCAGAUAAACUGGGAUCGGAUCCUGGGAUAUAGGGGCAAGAAGAGGCCUGGGAGGAAAAAUACUUCCAAUUUGUUACAGUUGUGUUCUUCUGAAUGAAUCAUUUUGGCAGGGGAAGUCCUACCUAAAACCAAGGCUUAUUUUUAUUUAUUUUCCCACAGGAACAGACAAAUUUUCAUAUGAUUUAUAAAAUGAAUAGUUAGGGAAAUUAAAUUGAUGGUUUAGUUGAAGAAUGAUGUUACGUAUUAAAUGCAAUAAUAUAUUAUCAGAAUAUACAAAAGGGGAGUCAACCCAUCGAAAACAAAAUAUGAAUAAAUUUAUAAUUUCAGGAGGUUAAUUUCACAAAAACACAUUGCUUUUAAUAGAAAGAUGCAAAACAUUGGUAUUGGUACCCAAAGUUUGACUUGCAAAAUGUAGUAAUUGCCAAAGGUAGUGAAGCUGUAACCUCAUUUACCUUUUCCCAUUAAAAUAAGGCAUGCAGGGAGUAUACACUUUGUUUUGGAGGAAAUUUGCACCUUUGGGAGCCUUUGAGAAGUGCAUAAUUCACAUAUUGCAUGUCAUGUUCCCUCUGUGCACUUUGUUUCAAUGAUGAAUUACGUUAAGAAGAAACUGGAAGUGAAAGCACUAUUUCCUUCUUAUUGGUGCAUAUUACUGAAUGUAUAAAUGUUUCUGGCCCGUGCCACACCAGUUACUCUUAGUCUCAGAACAUGUUACUUUUUGAAAAGUUGUCUAUUAUUUGUUAGUCUCCAGAUAUUAUUUAUGCUCAACAAUGGACACCAUCACUGACCCACUGGCAUCCUGCAAACUGCUUUUGAAAAUUUAUUGCGAUUUUUACAGCUGUUUGCUAUAUGGCAUUGAAUAGUGGUUGGAUGGCUGAAAAUUCAUCUCCGUCAUCCUACUUGGAUUUAUGGAGCUAUUUUUGGAGUUUAGGAUUGUGGCCUCACUUUAUAAUUUCAUAUAGUAUUCUAAUAUGUGCAGUAAGCAAUAUGAGUAACCUUCCUCCAAAUAGGUGGAGAUAACUACCUGAGUUUGGUGGAAAAGAAUGUAAAGUCACGAAACUUGAAGAAUCCCAACCAUCAAAUGCAUCAUGUUUUGAAAAUGAGAGAUAUGUCUAUCUUUGUAGCCAUUUUUAUCAGAUGAAACCCCAAAUCUAAUUUCAGCAGUUUCAGGAGCAGAUGUGGUCGUUUAAGUUGUCUUUUAAUCUCCCAAGGUUUAGAGAUUGUCAAGACUGGAGCUUGUUAUUGGAUACAUUCAAGUUUGUCCAGAACUUAUAGAAUUUUAAAAACCUAUAACAUUUAGAGUAAGUGUAGUGUUGCAAUAUUGCUUUGAAAAGCUCUUGAACAUAUUUGUUUGAAAUUCAUCCAGUAGACAUCAGGAACCUUUAAGAUAAGGAGGACAUUUGGCUCUCUUAGCUGUUGCGGUUCGGAGGUUGGAAGUCACAGUCUAUAACACAUUUUCCCCACCCCUGCUUUAGAACAAAGGUCUGAGAAUUCGUUUACUGUCCUUUUCCAGAAAUAUUUCUGGAUAAAAUGCAUUGUAAUAGAUUAUCCUUUUCCAUGUUAAGGAAAGCUACAUGAAAGAGAGAUUUUGUUUUGCAAAGAUUUUAGCACAAAUGGGACUUUUGUAUAUUUUGACGAUUGUUUAUUUGAAUAGCUGAUUUUAAAAGGGUUCUUUUUGUAUUGGAUACUGAAGAAUUUGAAUACAGAAUAUAUGUUGGUAAUAGAAAAGCAGUAAUAGAACACUUGUCGGUGCUUUAAGUCAAGGGAAACCAAGAUCCCUUCCUUUCUAAUACUAUGAAUUCCAGCAAGCAUUUGCUCAUCUAGUUUCCCCAAGAUCCAGAUCAUUAUUAUAUGUAUAAAAUAACCUUAAAUCAAUUUGGGGGGGGGGGAGGCAUAUUGAACUUCCGCCAGUUUAUCCAACUUUCUCAUUGACUUGAAACUAUAUUUAUGAUAUACAAGAAUUUAGAUAGCUUCUAAGCUGUAACAUUUUGAUUCACAGACCAUCUGUAGAAGCAUGUUUGUGAAAAACAUUCAUGGUUGUUUGACUAUGAGUGUGUGUGUGUGUGUGUGUGUAAAUCCUUUAUUUUAAAAUUAGUGAAAAAAUGUGGGAAAGCCACAAGUGAAUCUUCUCUUGAUAUUCUUUGGGAAACGAUUUGUAUAAGAUGUAAGCUCUUUCGUGGAAAUAAUUUUGUUUCCAUAUAAUAGACAUAUAACAGGGUUAUUCAUUUAAGAGCUAGUCAAUUCAGUUAUAAAAUGACAGGUCUCAGUAUUUUAGGUUGUGAAUGGAGAAGUCCUGUUAAAUUUGUAAUAUUUGUAAUAUGAACAGCUGGUCUAUAAUAAAUCUUUUGAUUUUUAUUGUUUCCUGCAGCAGUUGCAGUCAGUUUGACGAGCAAAUAUAUAAUAUAGUGUUGAAAGCUCCCCCCAUCUCCAAGUUGUUUCUCAUACAAUAGUUUACUUCUGAACUAAGAUUUUUGAAGGAUUUUUACUCUUCUGGCAUUAUGUAAACCUGUUUUACCUCGUUCACAAAAGGAGCAUAGGCAGCAAAUAACCCACCUACUGUAAGCAAAAUCUAUUUGGCCGAAAAACUUGAACUAUGUUAAUAUUUUACCAGCAUGAGCAUGCAUGCUGGUAUGAUCUGAAAUAUUCAGCCCCUGGUGCUGGUGAAAUGCUGAUUGAAAUGGGUAUGUAAUAAACACAGUCUUCACAAUGUUGGGACCAUAACCUUGGGACCAUGACAAAACUCGUAUUAACAGAGAUCAGAUGACAUGUUUGAAGAUCUUUAUAUUGGUGCAUGUUAGCCAUUAUCUUAACUGUCUUACUGAAUCUGGUUAAUGCUGUUGACUGUUGUUGAAAUGUGAAAUAUAAUUAGUUGUUAACCUUGUAAAUAUCUGCCAGAGAUAGAGAAUAUUUUAAAUCAUUGUAAAUACAAGUGUAUAAAAUUGAAACAAAUCUGCAAUGCAGAAAUAUAUAUAUAUAUAUAUAAAGAUAUAAAGAUGUUUAAAUAAAUAUUGUGCUGUUUCUGGAAAAGUGCAAUACUGUCAUAUUUCUUCCCAGUUAAACUGCUGUUUAUAAAGUAGAGGGGAAAACUUUUCAUUUUAUGAAGCAGAUUCAAUAGGAGAUAUUUUCUCAGUGAUGGAGUGCAUAUUAUUGGUGGCAGUGGAGGGAAAAGGCCAAAGGAGGCAGAGAAUGGGAUCAGAAAAGGGUCAAUAUAGUUUAGCUUCUUAAUUACUACAAUCAAGAAGCCUUAGGGGGAGAUUUUAAUUAUUCAGAAAGGGAAGAUCUCAUACAGCAUAGGAAAACACUGUGAUGUCACAGGAAGGGGAUGUAGACAUAUGGGGAAGCCCGAUUUUUCUCUCUCCUGGGCCAAAUUUGGGCUUAGGGCAUGAGGUUCUUCCUGUCUGCUUUAUAUCUUUGAAGAUGAACCUCUGAUAAGACAGACUUCCCUUGUUUAGUGCAGCAGGUGAGAGAUAUUUUUCAUUCAUUCAUUCAUUUAAAUAAAUAAAUAGAGUGAUA